GUCAAAAAUGCUUAUUUUCUUCCGAUUGUAUCUGUUACAUCGUUCAAUUCCGUUAAUUAUCAUCUCGACACAGAAGUAGCUGAUGGAUGUAGUAAAGAAAGUAUCCGAAAAGAAGUCCGAGAAAAGGACCAACAAAAAGGCGAAGAAGGAGCCGAAGGAUGCGUCGAAGAAUGUAAUGCGCGAAGUACGAAUUCGCAAGCUCUGCUUGAACAUUUGCGUAGGAGAAUCUGGUGAUAGACUGACCCGAGCUGCUAAGGUCUUGGAGCAGCUGACUGGCCAACAACCCGUGUUCUCUAAAGCCAGAUACACAGUUCGUUCCUUCGGCAUUCGUCGUAAUGAAAAAAUAGCUGUGCAUUGUACUGUACGUGGUGCAAAAGCUGAAGAGAUUCUUGAACGUGGUCUGAAGGUGCGUGAAUAUGAAUUAAAAAAAGAAAAUUUCUCUGGCACCGGAAACUUUGGUUUUGGCAUUCAAGAACAUAUUGAUCUGGGAAUCAAAUACGAUCCUAGUAUUGGUAUCUAUGGUUUAGACUUUUACGUUGUUCUUGGACGUCCAGGAUUUAAUGUAGCACAUAGACGAAGGAAAACUGGUAAAGUCGGUUUCCAACACAGACUUACCAAAGAAGACGCAAUGAAAUGGUUCCAACAGAAAUAUGAUGGUAUCAUUAUAGCUGGCAAAAAAUAAUAUGCAUACUUUGUAUUUUACGAUUGUAUCAUAAAACAUUUUAACAAAAAUCA